AUGACGUUCAUGGGCCAUAUUUGGUUAACUCUUCACGUUUUGGCCAGCAGUAAGCUAUUGUUGGUUAGUUCAGAAGCGCUGACAACAGUCAGUGCUGCUGCUGCUGCUGGUGGUGGUGGUGGUGGCACUGGCAUGAGCAACCGCGGUGAAAAGCUACUAGUG